CUGUCAUUCAGUGUAAAUUAGCUGUCUGGUGCAAGAGAAAACAUUUUAUUUUGGGAAAAUUCUAAUAAAAUUAAUAAAAUAUUCAACAUGAAUAUACCCACUGGUAUUGUUACACACACCAGACAGGUACAAAGCUUGUACAAGAAAGCUUUGCGUAAUUUGGAAGCCUGGUAUGAUCGUAGAGAAGUUUACCGCUACAGAGCUGUACAAAUGCGACACCGUUUCGAAGAGAACCGUAAGGUAACCGACAUGGCCAAGGCCGCUCAACUGUUGGCUGCUGGCGAGCAAGAGUUGUUUAAUACCCAGCAUUACCAGCCCAUUAAACAGGCCAACAGUCCUGGUGGCUGUGCUUUCGAACGUGAUGUUGAGCCCCCAGAUUGGGUUUUGGACUACUGGCAUCCUUUGGAAAAAGCUCAAUACCCUGAAUUCUUUGCCAAACGUGAACAACGUAAGAAAGAAUUUGUAGCUUGGUGGGAGAAGCAAUACGGCAAACCAGACCCCAAGGAUUUGCACCAUUAAAAUUAAAGUUUUAAAAACCAAAACGAUUUUUAGCUAAAAUUUAAAAAAAUAAACACAUUACCAAAACUAAAAUAUUCUCCAAAAAAUUGUUUACCCAUUAAAUACUGCCCCAAAUAUAACGGUACUUUGUAAUGAGAAUUAAACACA